AUGUCAAGGUUGUCGCGUCAUGAAAAUGUUUGAAAAUACUGUUUUUAAAAAUCUGAUGAAACAACGGAUCGCAUUUGACUAAGGCGCACGUUACGAAAACAUUCCAGUGCAUCUAUUGGAAUAGUCAAUAAGCGUGAACAUCCGAAGGGUAAAGUAUUGGCUAUUGGCUCAUGCUGCAGUAUAUAAACAAAUUGGUUUACCGACAGGACAUCAUACUGCAACUGCUGCUUUGAGGAACAAUUCAGUGAACCCGUGAAAAAAAUCAACAUGCUUCACUACGUUACGAUUGUUUGCCUGCUGGGAGCUGCACACAGCGCACCGUCCGGCGACAUCUACAGCCAAGGCAUCGGCGUCGAGGUCGGCAGUGUGUCGAACCCGUCCUACGGCUUCAAUUACGCCGUGAGCGACCCGCUGACCGGCGACAACAAGGCGCAGUCCGAGCAGCGCGUGGGCGGCGUCGUCAAGGGCUCCUACUCGCUGUCCGAGCCCGACGGCACCAUCCGCGUGGUCGACUACACCGCCGACCCUGUCACUGGUUUUAACGCUGUUGUUAAACGCAUUGGACCCGCUGCCCACCCCGCGCAACUCGCUGUUGCCCCGGUAGCGGUGGCCCCCGUUGUCAGCAGAGCUAUCAUGGAACCUAUCGACAUCGCGCCUAUCGGACUCAAAGGCGGUCUCGGUCUUGAACUCGGCGGAUUCGGACUCGGACAUGACGGCCUCGGCCUUGAAUACGCCGGACUCGGCUUAGGAGGACUCGACGCCGGCUAUUGGAAACACUAG